AUGGAUUUUGAACUGAGAAGAGCGAGAGAGAAGUUAGAGAAAGAACAAAGCGAGAGGAAAGAAAGAGCCAAACUGAAACUUGAUAGAGAGAGGAAAGCAAAAGAAGAGGCAAGAAAGCAAAGAGAUGCCAUUGAAGCUGUGCAACGAUCUCGUAGGCUCGGUGCCAUUCAAGCCCAGCUCAAGGCUGAUGAGCAAAUGCAAGAAAAUUUGCUUGCAGGGAGAGGAAUAUUAUUUUCUCGCAUCCUAGAAGCUGUAUCUUUUCAGGGCAGUGGAGAUAAGAUUAAAUUACCGUUUUCUUGCUUCACAGAAUUGUCUGAUGCAUUUGAUAAAGGACCUUUGUAUUUCCAAUUAUCAGUAGUUCAUCAAGAAGGUUCUUCAGAUGUCAUUAACACUGACUCAAAGCAGUCAACAACCCACUCAGGUGUUCUUGAGUUUACUGCCGAGGAAGGGUCAGUAGGGCUUCCUCCUCAUGUAUGGGAUAACCUCUUUCCUGUAGAUUCUCCAAAGGCUCCUUUGAUGGAGGUUCGGUAUGUGUGGCUGCCUAAAGGAACUUAUGCAAAACUUCAACCGGAUGUUGUUGGAUUUUCAGAUGUACCCAAUCACAAGGCUGUCCUGGAAACAAGCCUUCGGCAGCAUUCUACUCUUUCUCAAGGUGAUAUUAUCACGGUCCACCAUGGGAUACUGACUUACAAGUUACAAGUUUUGGAGUUAAGACCUUCGUCGAGUGUCUCUGUCUUGGAAACAGAUAUUGAGGUUGAUGUUGUUGGUCCAGAUUCAGGUCUGGAGAGCAGUCAACCUGUGCUGAAGCCUCUUAUAUUUGGGAAGGCAGAAUCUGGAAUAGUCGAAGAAGGAAACUAUAACUAUUAUAAAUUCUCUAUUGAUAAUGAUAUUUGGGACAAAAUUGCUGCUGAGGAUUUUAGGGUUGAAGUAAGGAUAGAGGCUGAGACCGAUAAUGGUGAUACUGAUCUUUACAUAUCAAAGCAUCCCCUCAUGUUUCCAACCAGACACCAACAUGAAUGGUCUUCCCAUGAUAUAGGUUCAAAAGUUUUGAUACUUAGCUCUAAGGAUAAGAACUUGGGAAUGAGUGCUUACAGCAUUGGUGUACAUGGUUUUAAAGGAACUACAAAGUAUAAGGUAUCAGCGAGUGUUCAAGAGAAUAGCAACCGCAAGGUUGGUCAACAAGCUGGAUCUUCAUCAUCCAUGGACAUCGAUACUGUAGAGUGUAGGAACUGCAAGCAUUUUAUACCAAGCAGAAGUAUAGCAUUGCACGAAGCUUUUUGUAGCAGACAUAAUAUUGUUUGUCCGCAUCCUGGUUGUGGAAUUGUUCUGAGGAAUGAAGAAUCCAAAAAUCAUUUACACUGUGACAAAUGUGGGCAAGCUUUUCAACGGGGUGAAAUAGAGAAGCACAUGAAGGUGUUCCAUGAGCCACUUCAAUGCCCUUGUGGAGUGUUCCUUGAAAAGGAACAGAUGGUACAACACCAAGCUUCAAUCUGUCCCCUCCGUCUUAUUACAUGCCGGUUUUGCGGUGACAUGGUUCAAGCUGGGACCUCGGCUAUGGAUGUGCGUGACCGACUAAAAGGAUUAACUGAGCAUGAGAGUGUUUGUGGAUCAAGAACUGCCCCAUGUGACUCAUGUGGGCGAUCUGUGAUGUUGAAGGAGAUGGACAUUCAUCAAAUUGCUGUUCAUCAAAAAAGUUGA